AUGAUUACUAUAUCACUGAUAUGGGGACUGGUAGUUGCAUUGUGUUGCUUUUUCUGGCUUGUUGUUGGCAUCCGAAAAAGGGAACCAGGAGAGCCACCACUGGAAAAUGGGUUAAUCCCUUAUGUUGGAUGUGCUUUACAAUAUGGUGCUAAUCCUCUUGAAUUUCUCCGGUCAAGGGAAAAGAAACAUGGUCACAUUUUCACUUGCAAAAUUGCUGGGAACUUUAUUCAUUUUGUCACAGAUCCAUUCUCAUUCAGCUCAGUACUACGUUCAGGAAGACAUUACGAUUGGCAGAAAUUUCAUUAUGCAACCUCAGCCAAGGUAUUCGGACACAGUAAUGUGGAUCCUAGUGCGAGUUCAGCAACUGAAGACAUGCAUGACAAAUUUAUGCGGGCAAUGCAAGGUGAAGCCCUUGAACCUCUUGUCACAACCAUGAUGGAGACUCUUCAACACACUAUGCUGCAACACUACACAGCCAAAGCCACCAGCAAAGACUGGAUAAGUGAAGGCCUCUAUGGAUUCUGCUACCGUCUGAUGUUUGAGUCUAGUUACUUAAGUCUUUUUGGAAAAGAGUUAAAUUCUAAACAGGAUCCAAGUAAUGCAAGACAGGAAGCAGAGAAUGCACUCAUUCUCAAUGCCAUUGAAAACUUCAAAGAGUUUGACAAGAUAUUCCCUGCCCUAGUAGCUGGUAUCCCAAUUCACAUAUUCAAAAAUGCCCACAGUGCUAGAGAGAAACUUGCCAAAGACCUGCUGCAUGACAAACUGAAAAAGAGGGACAAUAUCUCAGAGAUUGUAUCACUAAGGAUGUUCUUAAACGAUUGUAUCACACAUUUAAAUGACAAUGACAAGUCAAAGAUACAAUUGGCUCUCCUAUGGGCUUCUCUAGCCAACACAUUACCUGCUACGUUUUGGACUGUAUUCUAUCUUCUCAGGUGCCCAAACGCAUUGAAAGCUGCAAGUGAUGAAGUCCAUCGCACCUUAGAGAAAGCUUCACAGAAACCCAGCCUUGAUGGAAAAUUGAUUACUCUCUCCCGUCAACACCUUGAUGAUAUGCCUGUUCUAGACAGCAUCAUUAAAGAAUCCAUGAGGCUAUCCAGUGCAUCACUCAAUAUCAGAGUUACCAAGGAAAACUUCACUCUGCAACUUGACAAAAAUGAUUGUUACAAGAUCCGGAAAGAUGAUAUUGUAGCAUUUUAUCCACAGAUGGUACAUUUGGAUCCAGACGUUUAUGAAGACCCUCUCACUUUCAAAUAUGAUCGUUACAUUGAUGAAAAUUUAAAAGAAAAGACUGACUUUCAACUGAAUGGAAGAAAAUUAAAAUAUUAUUAUUUGCCAUUUGGUACUGGGAAAACUAAGUGCCCAGGCAGACAUUUGGCUGUGUAUGAGAUUAAGGAAUUUGUUUCUCUAUUGAUUGCUUACUUUGAUAUUGAACUUGUUGACAAAAAUGGAAAGAUUCCACCAUUAGAUCAAUCUCGCGCAGGGCUCGGGAUUUUACAGCCAACGCAUGAUGCUGAUUUCAAGUAUAAGUUAAAAGCUCAAUAA